AUGACGGAAUUCGACGACAGUUUGACUGCGAUGGAUUGGCUUCUGAAACCUGCUUCUGAUAUAUUCUCUGAAGUCAGCGUACAAUACAAUGCAUUUAAUGGAGCCACAUACGCUGAUAAUGAAUGCGAUCACGAAUCCCAAAAAAUGAACAUCAAUGAGAAACCGCCAUUUAGCUAUGCGGAGUUAAUAAAAGAAGCGAUCGAAUCUUCCGAAAAUCAGAAGAUGACUUUGAAUGAAAUUUACGAGUGGAUUUGUGCGAAGUUUCCAUACUACCGCAAGAUAAGUAACGGAUGGAAGAAUUCCAUUAGGCAUAAUCUUUCUUUGAAUCGUUCUUUCCGAAAAGUUGCAAGAUCAAAGGAUGAGCCGGGACGCGGAUCCUUUUGGCGUGUGGCGCAUGAGAAAAUACAUCCUAGUUAUAUUAAUCGGCACAUAACCGUAAGCAAAAUUGCUUGCAGUGUAUAUUUUAUGUAA